CUAUUCACACAAUGUGGAUUUCAACAUGUAGGUAACAUGUACUAAACUAAACACCUUGUUCUGUAUCUCAUCUGUGUUGCGCGCGAAGAAGACUCAUCGUUGCUGUCGCCUGUGUGCCCGAAAGAGUGCGUAAGAUCAUGCACCAAAGUAGGAAGUACUCACCGAUGCGCUACAUCGCGUGAUCGGCGUAUCACAGUUAGCUGUGGAUAUCGCUAAUAAAUCAGCAUUGAAGACGGUGGACUACAGUCGAGGGGAAUUGUUCAACCCGCCUAGGAUGUACCAUUCGAAAGUCAAGGUAGUCCGAGCCGCCCGAAGGCAUACAUCUACUCCAAGCAGGAGUCUGGAGAACAUCGAGGCGGUCUGGUGCAAGAUCAGAGCGGACUCGUUACCAAACCUCGAAGAGAGAAGACCGGAGCCGGUGAAGGUGAUGAACCCCGCGGAGAACGACUGCCCUGUCCGCGGCAGUAGGAAAAGGGGGUUCAAGCCCCCGGAUGUGAGGACCAUAUUCUCCCCCAGUGAGAGAGACUCCCAGAUGAGGGGGGAGGGACACACCUUCUACCUUGGUCUUUCGGGCGCAUGGUGCGAUGUUUGCCGCGUAUACAUCCUCCACUUCUCCCUGAUGUGUUCAGGGUGUAAGUAUACGUGUCACCCAGAGUGUCGGGAGCGAGUGUCAUUGGACUGUCACCCCGGUGGUCCUGUUGCCGUUGACACCCCUCUCAGCCAGGACCACCUUAACAACAACACACCGGCCAUUGAUGUGGAGCAGGAAAGGGAGUUACGGACUCAUCUCAGCAAAGAGGAGAUCAGACAGAAGGUCGUGCUGUACAACUCCUCCUCCAAGGACCACCUCAAAAUGACCCUGAACCCCAGUGGUGUGUAUACAGGGUUCAUUAAGGUGCAGUUGGAGCUGAGGAGACCCGUCACAGUACGAGGGGGCCAGGGAGGAGAGGAAGCCUUCUACCUCCCCCAGGGGGCGAUUAACACUCUUCACAUCAGCUCCAACAACACCGUACGACAGGUGAUUCAGGCCCUGUUGACCAAGUUCACCGUAGCUGACAACCCUGCUAAAUAUGCCCUGUACAAACGCUGCCGCAGGGAUGAGCAAGAGUACAUGUGUAAGCUGUCGGAGGGAGAGCAUCCGUUGUUCCUGCGUCUGCUAGCAGGUCCCAACACCGACACGCUGGGCUUUGUCCUGAGAGAACAGCAGACUGGCGAGGUCAUGUGGGAAGCGUUCUCCAUCCCAGAGUUGAGUAACUUCCUAAGGAUGCUGGAGAAGGAGGAGACUGAGCGGGUGUGUUCCGUGACGCGUCGCUACGACAACUACAGACUCAAACUGCAGGAGGCCAUGAGAGCAGCAGGGGGGCCGGGGUAACUACUGUCCCCGGAGGAGAGAGGGCUGGGAACCAGAAUCCAGUCUAAGGGACACUGAGGGGGAAACUGGUCCAACCUGAUUCAGAAACUGGAGAGAGCUGGAAUAAACUCUAGAUUUUACCUGUGGACCCUAUGUGCAAUACACUAGAUGGACACUAGAGGGCAUCUGUGGUUCCACUGCGUUCAGCCUGGACUUGGCAUUAAGCACUCAAGAGACUAGCUCCAUGUCUUUACUGAGUAGGCCUACACCCCUGUGUGCCAUAUCCACUCUUCUGUUCACUCUCUUUUGAUCCUUCUGGUUAUUGCCAUUUUUUAUUCUUUUAGAAUGACCUUUUUGAACACGUGAAUGAUUCAAAUCCCCGACUAUUUGAAUCCAUUUAUUUUGCAUUUUUAUUUAAUUGGUGGAUGCAAGGGUUUGUACAUAUUGUCAUUUUUAAUUUAUGUGGGUGAAGCUUUGUUCUGUUUCUUUGCAGAAAUUGUUUUAUUGUGUUCUAUGAAGGCGUGGCAGCAAUCCAACCCCCAAAGGGCCCGACUCGUGUGCUCACUGAUUUCUCUCACAGGGGUUAAUGCACAGAAAACAUAUCAGCAACAUAAAGGCUAGACUGGUUUAUCAUGGAAAGGACAGUCUUGGAUGAAAUAGAAACUAGAAAAGGCAAAUGAUACAAACCAGAAUACGAGUGGUGUAUUUAAACUGAAGGUUGUGAUGGUCUUGAAAGGAGAAGCAUAUUUGGUGCAGUUUUUAGAGUCUGACAGUCACAAGCUGUUUGGGGUUUAGAGGUCAGGAUGGAAGUGUGACCGCUUGUGACCAGACUGACAGUGGCGUUUGAGCUGACCGCUCACCUUUGACCUCUGGACAGAGACUAGUUGUAUCAGAGGAGAAGAGGUUAGCGCUGUGAGAAUGGAAAGAUUUAAGGAAGUUGACUAAUGGUUUUAGAGGAAGUAGAUAAGUAAGACUGUAAAAAAACAACAACAAAUGAAAUGGAUGUGACAAACGAGUUUUUGGAGUUCCAUGUUAAGAGAUUUUCUAUGCUGAGAAAGUUCAGGGCCUCUUGGAGCCAGUGCCAGGCCAGUGGCCACAGAUAACAUGGUCAGGAAUAGCAGCAAAGGGCAAUUGCUAUAUUUAUGUUCCUCUGGUAGUCAUUGAACAUGGCUACAUCUAUCCUAAUCUGCUUCAGGGCUGUUAGGAUAAAGUCAGUUUAUUGUAGAGGUGACGUCACAUGGCCAUGUGUUCAGUGUCCUAGACUAGGAGAAAGCGGCUAGAACCUGUUGCUUUGAAGUCCUCGCAUUUUGCCUCCCUGUCCGUCUCUCUCUCAGUACUGUAUUUACAUCUACCAGGGUUGUAUCGAUUUUCUGGUAGUUACAGGAGAGGUCAUUUGAACAGAGACUGUACUUUGGAAUAGAUGGACAAUGAAUUGAAUGGACAGAGCAACUAGUGAGCGCAUUUUGGGCCAUCAACCCUCGGCACAGUAUCAAAACACACUGACCAAAUGCAAGAAUAUAUGUUGAUUUGGCAUGUUUAAAAGCCUUGUUUAUCUGCAAGUACUAUAUGACGUUUUUUCUGAUGGUACUUCAUUAGUUGCCAUGUUUAUCUCUAUAGAAAGAGUAGUGGUGUGGUUAUAUAGCCCCACCUUAUGGAUAAAUGCUGUAACUGUCCUCUCGGUCUGCCUGUUGGUGAUAUGAUGUGCUGUUGCUUAUGUUUUCAUGUUCUAUAACCAAAGCUAUUAUAAAAUGUUUGGAUUUA